AACAAAACAAACCUGCAUAGCGCCCUCAAUUGGUAACAACUUUAUCGCCACGAAAUCAGGGGAAAAAUUGUCAACUGAAUUAUGAAGUCUUUGAAGGUUGUUGCGAACAAGCUUGAAAUGUGAUAGUUUGAAGAAGUAUAACAUGACCAGCAAUGGCAGAUAAAAUAGACGACAAAGACAGUGCCUCCACCAAAGAUGCAAUGAUGGAGGAUGAAAGCACUGGCAUUCCUCCCGACAAAAAUGUCAUGGAUGAAGGUGGAGACAAUGCAUCAUCCACGGAAGAAGGAACCAAAGACAGUGCAUCCUCCGAGUUUGAAAGUAAAUCUUCAGGUGAUGCCACCCAAGAUGCAAAAGAAGAAGUAUUGCAAGGUGAACAUCCUCAAUAUGAAGGCAAUGAUGCAGUCGGUGAAUCUUUGGAGGCAAAAGCUGAUAGUUCCUGUUCAGUUAAAAGUUCCCCCUUACAAGAGGAGAUCAGUUCACCAAAGUCACAAGAGGAUUUGUCAGCCAGUGUUGCGGAGGAUGGAGGAUGCAUGUCAGAGAAGGAUGCAGGGAAUGAGGCAGGAGGAGACGCUUCCAUGGUAACAGAAGUAACACCAAUCGAUGAUGCGGGAAACGAGAUGGAAGGAUGCGCUCCAGAUGUACUUAAUAUCGAUCAAGAGGAUGGUACCUCCAACACUUCUUCUGGAGACAUUGAAACCAAAUCAGCUUCUGAUCAUAGGGGAGAAAAGGUGGACUCGGGGAAGGAAGAGGAUUUGGUUGGUGACUCUGGAACAAUUUUAGAAUCAUCCCAAACAGUUGCCGGAAAAGGCAACAUACCUGAGUUACCAGUUGAAGCAGGAAAAACUGAAACAGUCACAAUCAAGGAGCCAAAGGCAGAUGAUGGAGAAGAUGUCUCAAAACAAAACUGCCCAAACAUUGACCAGUCAGAGAUGGAUAGUACAAAAGAAACAGCCAAAGGUGACGGUGGAGAUCUUGAAGCACCAAAAGACAAACCAAACAAAAACAAAGUAGGAGCGACCGAAACAUCCAAACCUGUUAUAGUUUUCCCUAACCCUGAAGCGAAUGCGACCGAGACAGCUCAAGUGGUGACCACACCAAAGAGGGCAUCAAAUCAGUUUGAUACGGCGAAUGCCAACAACAACGCAAAGGGUCAGAGCUCGGGUUCAAAGGGCGAUGACAAAAAACUGGUAGAAAACAAGCGUUCUUCCACGUCUGAUGCGAAGAGUGUCAGUAAGAGCAGCUCCAAAUCGGAUGCAUCCCCGCCUGACACAAGGGAGCGGGCGGGGAAGUCCUACUCCGCACAGAGAUCCGCCAACCGCAGCAGCCGGAAGGGUGGAAUGCCAGAUCCCAAACCCCAGGACAAGCAGAGCACAUCGAAACAGACUGAGGGAGAUCCCAGGGCAGACUCCAGGGGGAGAAACAAGCAGGAGGAGGCUCAGAAAGCCAAGGGAAGGCAGGCCUCCGACCAAGGCAGGGAGAAGACAUCCAGUGGGGGAAACAGACCUAAGGACAAAGACCAAGACAGACCAGGAUACAGAGAGGGCGAGAAGAAAUCUAGUGAUCGACGGAGGGACAGGGAUGCAGCGAAAGACAGGGAUGCGGGGAGAGACAGGGUCGCAGGGAGAGACAAGGAUUCAGCGAGAGGCAGAGAUGCAGCGAGAGACAGGGAUGCAGGGAGAGACAAGGAUUCAGCGAGAGACAGGGAUGCAAGGAGAGACAGGGAUGCAGCCAGAGGCAGAGAUGCAGCGAGAGACAGAGAUGCAGCGAGAGACAGAGAUGCAGCGAGAGACAGAGAUGCAGCGAGAGACAGAGAUGCAGUGAGAGGCAGAGAUGCAGGGAGAGACAAGGAUUCAGCGAGAGACAGGGAUUCAGUGAGAGACAGGGAUUCAGCGAGAGGCAGAGAUGCAGCGAAGGACAGGGAUGCCGGGAGAGAUGGCAGCAAGAGGUCAGGGGAGGCAACCGCGGCGACCAAGAAGCCAGCCAAGACCAAAGAGGAGAUUGAAAGGGAGGAGGCGGCACUUAAGAAGAAGGAGGAGGAGUUAAGAAAGGCGGAGGAAGAGAGGAAAGCCGCUGAGAUGAAGAAACAGGAAGAGGAAGAACAGCGUCUUUUAGAGGAAGAGAACAAAAGACUUGCAGAGGAAGAACAAAAGCAUGCGAUGGAGACAUGGACUGAGGCCAAUGAACGCAAGCAGGCCAAGAUGGAGCUUCGUGCCAAGAACCUCGCUGCCGCAGCUGAACGCCCCGAUGAGGAUUUCUUUGUCAAACUGGACUCCAGCAUGAAAAAGAACACAGCGUUUGUCCGAAAGUUGAAAACGAUGACCGAGCAGCAGCGCGACUCCCUGACCGCUGAGUUCAACGGUCUGAACCUGACCAAGUACGUCGGCGAGGUUGCCACGACGAUCGUGGAGUCCAAAUUCAAGAUGGUCGACAUUGGCUGUGCCGUGCACGUCUGCUCUCUCAUGCACCAGCGUUAUGCGGAGUUCUCGUCCCAGCUGCAGCAGGUCAUACAGAAAUGCCAUCCGGCCCAGGCCAAGAAAGAUGAACAGAAGGAGACCAAGAAAGAAUCGGUUGUGUUUGACAGCAGAAUCAGAGUGGAGUUGAGAUUCCUUGCAGAGUUGAUUGUGGCGGGUGUUUUCACUGAGAAGGAAGGCCUGCCAGCCUUGAACACCCUGCUGUCAUCGGUCCUGAAGGCGGAUAAAGACAACCACACCCACAUCUCCAUCAUCAUCAGUUUCUUGAAGCAUUGUGGGGAGGACUUUGCCGGACUGGUGCCCCGUAGAAAUAGGCUCUUGGCGGAGAAGUUCAACCUGACUCUCCCCUCCAGCGAGAUUUUCCCCGCCCAGCGCAAGAGCGCCUACAAGGCCCUCCUAAAGGACCACUACCUGUCCCUGACCAAACACCUGCUGAAGGAACACAGGGACCUGCAGAAUAUGGAGAAACACAACCGACGUACACUGCAGACCAAAGGAGAGCUUAGUGAAGACAGGAGGAGACGACACGGGGAGAGGCAGUCCUCCUACCAGAAACUGCUAGUCAACACCUCCACCUAUGCAGACCUUAUAGAUGAGGUUGUACCAGAUCUACCAGAAGCUGAAAUUACCCCAGAGGAGCGUGAGAUGAUGGCCCUGGAUUACCUCGGCAGUGAUAAAUCAGGGGCGGAGUUUGACUUUGACACCUCACUGUGGGAGGAUGAAGACACGAGGACCUUCCAUGAGAACCUAAUUGAUCUACGGACCAUGGUGCCUGGCAUUUUGUUUAAAGAUAGUGAGAAGAAAGGGUCCCCUGAUGAAAAACAAGAGGAUCUGGACAAACUGGGUGAAGAUAUUGUAGCUCUGGAGGACACCGAGGGGGCGGAGCUUGUAACUGAAGAGGAGGCGGAAGCAGCUGAGAUGGCCCCUGAGGGGGAGAUAGAGGGCGCCACAGAGGAAGACAUGACAGUGGAGGAUAUUGAGACCACCUCGGUAUCAUCCGAAACGGAACAAGAAGACACUGAAGAAGAGGAGGAAGAGACGGAACAAGUAACCAACAUGAGUAAGAAGAUGCUCCUAGAUGCCUACUUACAACGUCUCCCGCAGUGCGUCAACAGAGACUUCAUUGAUAAGGCUGCAGUGGAGUUCUGCAUGGAUCUGAACACAAAGAUCAACCGACGCAAACUCAUCAAGGCAUUGUUCAGCGUACCCAGAACCAGACUGGACCUACUACCGUUCUACUCCCGACUAGUGGCCACACUGUACCCCUGCAUGCCUGACAUUGGCAUGGAGCUCGUGGAGAAACUCAAGGCUGACUUCCGAUGGCAUGUGAGGAAAAAAGACCAAAUGAUGAUUGAAUCAAAAAUCAAAAGUGUGAGGUUCAUCGGGGAGCUGACUAAAUUCAGGAUGUGCCCCAAAUCGGACACACUGCAGUGUGUGAAGGUGUUGCUGCAAGAUUUCCGGCAUCACAACAUUGACAUGGUGUGUAACCUGCUGGAUAGCUGUGGACGGUUCCUGUACCGAUCAUCGGAUUCACAUCUGCUGACCAAGGCACUUCUGGAGCUGAUGAUGCGUAAGCGGAGCAAACUUCACCUGAUUGAACGACACAGCACCAUGGUGGAGAACUCAUUCUUCUACUGCAACCCUCCAGACGUCAAACAGGCUGAGAAGAAGGAGCGACCAGUGAUGCACCAGUACAUCCGCAAGCUGAUCUACCGAGACCUGUCCAAGACCACCACGGAGAAAGUCUUGAAACAACUCCGGAAAAUGGACUGGAACAAUACAGAGAUCAAGACCUAUAUCACCAAAUGCCUGAGCAAUGUUUGGAACGUCAAGUUCAACAACAUCCACUGUGUGGCCAGUCUGCUGGCCGGUCUGGUACCCUACCAUGACGAUGUGGGCAUACAGGUUGUGGAUGCUGUGUUGGAAGACAUCCGAAUCGGCAUGGAGAUCAACCACGCCAAGUUCAACCAGCGUCGCGUCUCCGUGGUCAAGUUCCUUGGGGAGCUGUACAACUACCGCAUGGUGGAGUCUGCGGUCAUCUUCAAGACGUUGUACUCCAUUAUCCGGUUUGGCAUCACUUUAGAUGGUGCUGAGAACCCCCUAGACCCCCCAGAACACCUGUUCCGUCUGCGGCUGGUCUGCACCCUAUUGGACACCUGUGGCCAGUUCUUUGAUCGGGGUACCAGCAAGAAGAAACUGGACUGCUUUCUGGUAUACUUCCAGCAAUACAUCAUGUACAAGCGAAGCCUACCGAUAUGGAACCCGCUGGUCCAUCCCUUCCCCCUCGACAAUGACAACGCCCUGGCCGACACCUUGGAAACGGUGCGACCUAAACUGAAAAUCUGCGCCACUCUGGAGGAGGCUAACGAGGCUGUGGCGGAGCUGGAGAAGGAACAGGUCCAAAAGCAUGGAGGCAUCAUUCAGAUGGCUUUGGCAUCAGUCAACCCCCAGCCGCCUGGUUCCCAGCAGCUUGGCACCAUCACCGAAGGCGAUGAGACCAGGACCACAGCAGCAGUUGAGUUCACCAGCAUCACAGAGGACGAGGAGUUUUCAGACUCGGACUCGGAAUCAGAAGGCGUGAGUCGUCGGGGAGGUGGAGGGGGCAGGGAGGGACACACCACCAGCAGUCAGAGCCAGGGGCACAGCCAGAAUACUGGCGAUGAAGAGGGGACGGAUGAUCAGAUGGCCCUGGACUCGGCUGGGGAAACUGAAGAAGAUGACACAGUGACCGUUUUGACAGGAGGCCCCAAGCUCAUCAAGUGCGACGAGGACGAUGAUUUCACCUCGGAGUUUGACAAAAUGCUGUCAGAUAGUGUGCAGCAACGCAACGUGGACACUAUCAAAGUGCCCCAGCAGGAUAUAGCCAUCCCUGCCCAAGCCCGGCCCCGCCCCAAGAAGAUGACCUUUGACAUCUUCAGCCCGGACGACGAGGAUGACAACGAGGAGGAGGAGCAGGCAGAAUCGGUCAACUUUGUGCUGAUGAUGCGGCGCGGCAACAAGCAGCACUACCACGAGUUUGAGGUGCCCAAGUCCUCCGAGCUGGCCGCCAACCUCCGGAACAGGGAGAAGCUGGAGCUUGCAGAGAAAAAGCGUCUGAAGGAACUGACACUGAACAUCAACGACAGACAGGAGGAGGAAGACUAUCAAGAAAUGCUGGCACAGUUCCAGAAACCAGCCACUGUCGUGCCGCCCGUAGUGCCCAAGGAACGCAAGCCCAGAUUCCACCAUCCGAAGGGCGCCCCCGACGCCGACCAAAUCUUCAACUCCUCGGGCAAUCGCAAGUGGUGAAACCGACAUCAACUACGCUACGAAUCACCGGAGGUGAUAGGACAGCGAAUGAAGAAGUCCAUGCAGUUGAGGCAAAAGUCGGGCGGAGUUGAUUCGAAGUUGGCCAACCGCAGUUCUGACAACAAAAAAUCUUUGGCGGUGACGCCCUGGCCGGCAGGCAUUUUAGAGUAACAUAAGUGGGAAGGUUUACAAUAUGCUGUUUUUGAAUACAGUUUAAGCUGGAAAUCCACCCAGAGUUCAAGCCUUAAGCUCACGUUCUUGUUGAGCUUGUGUUGGUGUGGCAGCAAAUACUUGUGGUUUUUGUGAUGAAAAUAAGAAAGAAUACUAGAAGGGUUUUUUGGUGCGGAAUCUUGGGUUUGCUGGGUCCUUUGUCUAAAGUAUUAAAUGACGUGUAACGGACGUCAACUGUAAUGCCAAAGUUAGAAGUGGUCCGUUCACAUUAGACUUUAGUGGGAUAAUGAAAAAGAUUGGGAGCUGUAAAGCUCAUCUUGGUUCUAUCAGGAGGGGACCAUCCGUGUAGUCGCUAGAUAACUGCAAGAUAGCUGAAUAAAAAACCCACAAAAGCGUGUCCUUUUUGUCAACAGACAUUUGACAUUGUUCAUUGCAUCUGGUCCGUUGAAGCUGCAAGUUGUUUUGAGCUAGCACCAUAAACGCUUUCGGGCGGAUAUCGACGCUCUAUAUGGCUCUUUUAUUAUUAUUAACAGCUUUUUCCUUGGAAGUGCAAGCAGCUAAUAUCAAACUGGC